AUGGCGCAGUCCACGAAGACAGCUACUGAGAAGCUCGGAGAGUCGACGAGAGGAGCUCCUGCUAGCGCUGCUGCCCAGCAAAGCGACAAUGUCGCGCACGCGCUUGCCGGCGCAGGCGGGGGUCUUCUAUCCAUGGCUUUGACGUAUCCCCUCAUCACCCUUUCGACACGCGCGCAGGUUGAGUCAAAGCGGGCGCAAUCAAGCACCCUCGACGCCGUGCGCCGCAUUGUCCAACGAGAAGGCAUCACCGGGCUAUACGCGGGUCUGGAGUCAGCGCUGUUCGGAAUUAGCGUCACAAACUUCGUGUACUACUACUGGUACGAAUGGACCCGCGCCGGGUUCGAGAGGGCCGCUUUGAAGGCAGGCCGAGCUUCGAAGAAGCUCACCACAGUCGAGUCUAUGAUUGCUGGUGCAAUCGCCGGCAGCGCAACAGUCCUGAUUACCAACCCGAUCUGGGUUGUCAACACGCGCAUGACGGCGCGCAAGUCUGAUUCUGAUGAGCAAGGUCUUCCGGGCAGCAAACCGGCAAAGAAGCCAUCGACUAUCGGCACUCUUCUCAGCAUCAUCAGGGAGGAGGGUUUCGCGCGCCUCUUCGCUGGCGUCAUGCCGGCUCUGGUCUUGGUUAUCAACCCUAUCCUCCAGUAUACCAUUUUCGAGCAGCUGAAGAAUGCUGUGGAGAAGAGGCGACGAGUGACACCCACUGAUUCGUUCUACAUGGGCGCGUUGGGCAAGCUUCUUGCGACGAGCAUCACAUAUCCCUAUAUCACCGUGAAGAGCAGGAUGCACGUCGCCGGGAAGGAUGGGCCCAAGGAUGAUAUGAUCACCAGCUUCAAUAAGAUUCUGAGGGAGGAAGGUUGGAGCGGUCUCUACGGUGGCAUUGCCCCGAAGGUUACCCAGAGUGUGAUCACGGCAGCGUUCCUCUUCGCCUUCAAGGAUGCACUCUAUGAUAUGACUAUCAAAGCCAGACGCUCACUUGCAGCCAAGAAGUAG